AUGUUCGUUUCCUGGCUUUUGUUCCCGAGUAGCAUUUUGUACAUUUGCGGUACUGCGGUUUCAAAACUUGUGCGCUGGGUGGGCUCCCUCUGAACGCGUACUGCUGUAGCUGGAGCUGGCGUCCGAGGCUGGAAAAGGGGACUGCGUGUGUGUGUGUGCGUGCGCUCUGUUUUCUGGCCGUCGGGCAGUGUCUUUCUUUUUUUUUUGCACAUUUUGCUGACCGCUUCUGCCUGCAGCCCCGUUCGGCAUACAGCCCGGGUGAAACCGGCGGAGCCCGGAGAGCCCCACGUCCUGUCGCGGCACGAUCCCGGGCAAGGAGGAGGAGGAGGCGCGGGGCAGUGCCGAGGGUCAGGCACGGCUCUUGUGUGCGCGCAGAGGGAAGGGGCUGUCAGCGGCGAGAGGCCCUGGCCGCUCAGGACAGCCGCGGCCAAGACGGAGACCCCCUCGUUAGUCCUUCCCGCCCUCAUUCGCCCCGCAGCUCCCGGGAACGAAACCGAGACCAGGAGAGCAAAUGAAACCGCCGCAGGCUUCGCCCGUGCACCCCAAUUUCUGCGCUGUUUAGCCCCACGCUGUGAGGAUACGGCCAGUGUGCCUGUGCGAUUUAUAUUAAAAAAAAACCCGUCGCCGGUAGGCAUAAGUACUAACGCCCGUGGACGCUGACACCAUCGUAUCUAACGUUCAAGCCUUUUACAGCAGAUUGCGACGUCAAAAAUGGGAAAUAGUCAUUGUUGGACGAAUGCAACAAAAAAAAACGCUUUUUUUUUGUCCCGGUUUGCGUGAUGCAUAAAGCGGGGUGCACUUGGUACUCGUUGCAGCCACAGUGGAAAUAAAAUCUACAAGCCAUCACGCUGCAAUCCCCAUUAAUCCGCAGAAAAUCAGCAAACUAUUUGCUGUGUAAGGCACCGCUGUCCUUAUUUGGUUCCGCUGCAAACGCAAACGGCGUGAUAACCCGUAGAUGUCACUUCAGACUAAACCAGGGGCAUGUCGACGCGCGUUUUCUCAAGCUUGUAGGAGAUCGUGGGUCCGGUUUUGCUUUAAACAGAUUAUUCUUCUGGUCAAGCACAAUAUGUCUAACCGAGAAAAAAAUAAUUCUAUAGGUCAAUUCGAAAUAUAGACGUGUGUGUGUGUUUUUAAACCUGACCGCCAAUGAAUACAGUUGCUUUGUGUGCGGUUUCUGGUGGUGUCUGAUCAGAUUUGUAAAUAGACUCGUGGAAGCGCGGGACAGUACAAAAAAAAAGAUGAGUGUUUAAAAAAAAGACUGUCAAUCUCAUGUGCGCUUUUUUUUUCUUCUCCUGAUUGUGCUCUAAAGGAACAGUCCAAAUGGGAAUGCCGCCGAGAAAGGGUGUGAGCGGAAUGUCCGUGAAUGAGAAGCCUGAAUCCCCCAUGUAUGUGUAUGAGUCGACAGUUCAUUGUACCAAUAUCCUCCUGUGCCUCAAUGACCAGCGGAAGCAGGACAUCCUCUGUGAUGUGACCAUCGUAGUGGAGGGGAAGGAAUUCCGGGCUCACCGAGCUGUCCUGGCAGCCUGCAGCGAGUACUUCUUGCAGGUCCUGGUGGGACAGACCGAAUAUGAGCUGGUUAUCAGCUUGCCUGAGGAGGUCACUGCCAGGGGAUUUGGCCCAUUGUUGCAGUUUGCGUACACUGCGAAGCUGUUACUCAGCAGAGAAAACAUCCAGGAGGUCAUCCGCUGCGCAGACUUCCUGCGCAUGCACAACCUGGAGGAUUCCUGCUUUCGGUUCCUGGAAGCCCAGCUCCUGAGCGAGGAAGAUGGUCUGCUCCUCUGUCGCAAAGUGGCUCCCUACCCCCAGUCCCAGGAGGAUGACAACUCGGAGGGGGAGGACGUGAGCAUGCAGUCGGAGACCACCAAGAUCACGUCGCCCAGGGCCAGAGUUUGCACAGAGCCCCUGGACUUCAACAAGUCAUCCAGGCUGCUGGAUGAGGACAGGCUAGCUGUGCCCAUCCCUGGCGGCUUUCAGGAUGGCAGGGUGGACUUUGAAAAACAAGGGGGUUCGGACCUUCCUCGCUGUCCCAAGUACAGGAAAUACCAGUGGGCCUGUGCCAAGCACAAUAAUGACAGCUCCUCACACACCAGUACCUCAGGUUUUCCAAGCACAUUCAAGGAAAGCAGCUCCAGCAGCAACAGCAGUGCCCACGUACCAGGAAGGCUCACGCUGGGACAGAUAAAGAACGAGCCGCGCGCAGAGGAAGAGACCAUCUCCCUGUGCCUGUCGGGAGACGAGCAAGACAUGAAAGAGAAAGAUGGAGUGUCGGAGAUGGAGAUGGAUGGGAAGCAGCAUAGCUACAUGUUUGCGGACGGACCUAAAAGCAAGUCACCUACGUGUUUGAGGUCCCUCAUCAGUAAGAACAUUGAACUGGUGAGCCUGCCAAACACACCACAGCAGCUUUAUACCAACAGACUGGCCUGCCCCCAAGAUACUCAGGUUGACCACAAAAAGGACUAUGGGCCUUUCGCUGGGGAGCUGGGGCUGCCUGUGGCAUCUCCUAAGGAGGUUGAGGAAUUAUCAUUAAAGACCACCUCGUGCGACGGGGUCUGCAAACAGGAGUCGGAGCUCGACCGCAGGAGUGUCAUUUUCUCCUCAGGAUCGUGCGAUCGCCUGGGAACUCCAGCGCAUUCCUAUCCUGGGGGGAACUCUUUGGAAAAAGACCUCUCGGAUCACAUGCCAAAGAGCCUCUGGACUGGCGCGAGCCAGUCCCUCCCCUGCUCCCAGACCUACUCCCCCGGCGGGGUGCCCUCAGAACCCAUGCUGCCAUGUCGGUCGCGCCCGGUCACCAGCUGCCCCGUGCCAAUCAAGGUGUGCCCCCGCUCUCCCCCCUCAGAAACGAGGACGAGGACUUCGAGUUCCUGCUCUUCCUACUCCUACGCCGAAGACGGAAGUGGGGGCUCCCCCUGUAGUUUACCCCAGUUUGAGUUUUCCUCCUCUCCGUGCUCCAACGUAGCACGGUGCCUGACUGUCGAUCAACAAGACCAGGGGAUGGCGGGGGAUUCCAUGUACAGCCAGGUCCGGCCCAAGAUUAAAUGUGAGCAGUCCUACGGCACCAAUUCCAGCGAUGAGUCGGGGUCAUUCUCGGAAGGAGACAGCGAGUCGUGCCAUGUCCAGGAAAGAGGGCCUGAGGUCAAGCUUCCUUUCCCUGUCGAUCAAAUCACAGAUCUUCCCAGGAACGACUUCCAGAUGAUGAUAAAAAUGCACAAACUAACCUCAGAGCAGCUGGAGUUCAUCCACGACGUCCGGCGGAGGAGUAAGAACCGAAUAGCCGCGCAGCGCUGUCGGAAGAGGAAACUGGACUGCAUUCAGAACCUGGAGUGUGAGAUUCGCAAGCUGGUAUGUGAAAAGGAGAAACUGCUGACGGAGAGGAACCAGCUGAAGGCCUGCAUGGGGGAGCUGUGGGAGAACUUCUCCUGCCUGUCCCAGGAGGUGUGCAGGGAUGUGCAGCUCAGCCCCGAGCAGGUUCAGUCUCUGCACAGGUACUGUCCAGUCCUCAGGCCUGUGGAUCAAACUGCCCCCGCCCCCGCCAACACCAGCAUCAACCUCACUUCCUCCAGCUCUGCAGCAGCUGGGGCGGAACAAAACUUCGCCAAGUCGCCGUGUGCCGGGGACAGCAUGCAGUGCUGCGCUGACCCCAGCCCCGUUCAGAUGGGCGCUCAGUGGCUGCCAGGCAACGGAGCCGAAAGUCUAGGGGGAAUCACGAUAGGAGAGCAUGACCCCAGCACUUUCCUUGACAUGGGGUCAUCGUUUGAACAGUGUAACCAGACAGUUACGGUGGACUUUUGCCAGGAAAUGACUGAUAAAUGUACAACUGACGAACAGCCCAGGAAAGACUGUACCUAGUAGUGGUGGGCAUUUUUUAAAACACCUCCUUCCCAGAGGCUGUGGGGUGGGUCAUCAUCUGCCAGUGUUCUUUAGAACUUUUUUUGUUGUUGUUGAUUUUUUUAAAAAGGUUGACACUACAGUUGUCUUAACAGCAGCAAUAUCGUUCUCCAGGUAUUCUCUCCUAACCAUAACAAGUGGGGAAUUAAAACCCUCAUAAUGGUGCUACACCUUGCCCCAGCAGGGAUCACAACAGUGGGAACACUGUUUUUAUGUAUUAAAGUUCAUUCGCAAGAGGAAUGGGCAGAUGACAUCUCAGAUUUAAAACCUCUAUGGACCUAACAGCAACUGUUUUGUUCUCUUUAUCUGUCUCUCUCUUUCAGUUUCUCAGUGGCCCUGGUCACAGCAAUUCAAGCUCAGGAAUUCUUCUGAAUGUUCAAUAUUGUUCAUAAAAAAUAAGACGGUUUCUGUACAUUGAGAGUUUUAUACAGUAGCUAGACUGUAUGCGUUCAUAUGCAAAAAUUUCUUCUGCAUCGCUCAUUUUUAGAGUUUCUAUACUGGAACACUUAAUGUGUAUUGUACAGAAGUUUGUAUUUAAACAUUCCUCUUUUGCCUUUUACAGUGCGAAAAAUAAAGAAAAAUUGGUUUGAUGAUCAGUUACUUUGCUAGGGGUCCCCACACAUCAGCAAUAUCAUUCUCUGCUUUUUUAAUUCUAGAUAUUUAAAAUCUUUGUUAGGCAGACAGAUUAAUGUAUAUAAUUGUGGCACUGUAAGGGUGUCCAUGAGCAUGGUGAUUUUGAUCAUGAAAAAAUUGUACAGUAAAGGUUAAACUUUCAUUUACACUGGGGUUACAUCAGGUACCUUUUCCAGGAGUAUAACGUUCCUGUGAUUUCUUAGAUGUUUUCUGCCAGUAGGCUAUUGUUUUCCAUACAGUAAAGUAUUCCUACACUCAGGAUGUCAGGCUUAUUUAAAAUAAAACCGCCUCUUUUAUGCUAAUUGGGUGUUCAAACUGACCGGCAAACAGGUAUUGUGGGAUAUUACCCAGUGGUCAUGUGAGGUGUGAAUUUUAUGAGGGCCUGCUAACAGUUCUGUAGAUGUGAGAACAGUUUUGUUUUAAAUAGGGUUUGUGUUUCAGAGUUUUAAAAGAAAAAAAGUCAGUAUUUAAAAAAAUAACUUUGGUGAGAUUUUGGACACUUCUCACCUUUGUGAAUUUCUUUCAGUGUUACUUUUUGAUUUUGUGAAAGAAUAUGGAAAUAAUUGGAAACAACAGGAUAAACGUGUUUCGGGAUAUGCUAAAUCUUCUAGCUAAUGUGGUUUUUUUUUUCGUGUUUACUUUUGCAUUUCAUGUCAGUUGAUUGGCACUUUUUUUUACAAAAUGCACCUGGCACUCAAAACACAAAUGAGCACUUCAUAGAGGUUAUAUCAUAGCCACAACCACUUGAAGAAAGCACUUAAUUUGGCACGUAGAAGCCAGCUUCUCGUGGAUAAUUCUUAUUAUUGUCAAGAAUAUUAGGCUCACACUUCUAUAUGAAUCCCGUUUAUCUUUUCCUUAAAAUAAAUUGGAAUCUGAUUUUAGUAUGUUCUUUUGCCAUUGUCAUGUGAUUUUCAUUAUGAGAAUUAGUUUAACAUCAUACGGAAAAACUCUAUUUAUAAAACAGGAAGUAAGCCCAGUCAAAUUAGAUAUUUUAUCCUCUAUCUAGGUAUUAGAUUAUAAUUCAAGAAAAUAUCAUUUAAAAACAGUCACAUAUUGAUCACUUGCCCUCAAUGUGAAGUUUAUGGAGAACAUAACUAUCCCAUGCAUAUGUGUUUUGUGGAAUAAUGUAAUGCCUGUUACCUUUAUCAUUUUAGUCAUCUGUAUUUGCUUCCAUUUCUUUUUUAAGUCCACUAAAUUUUUGCAGCUCUUUAACUACUGUUAGGUUAGUGGUGUUCUGCAAAACACCAGCAAUUGGAGAUCAUGAGUACUGCACAAGGCAACAAACAAAGUGUUUUUAAAGAUAUUAACACAGGGAAUUUCAAAUAUUUGUAUUCUGAAGUGCAAGGAGAAGGGGCUGAAUGCCUUCUAUUCAUUUGUAGGAUGAAGUAUGUUCUCCCACUGUUGAAUUUGACAAAGAACUAAGAAUCUUGAAAUAUGGUUGAAAAUCAUUACCCUAAAAUACAGAGGAUAAUGCUGUAAUGAACCAUUUCAUUAUUAAAAAAUGGGUAGCAUCCAUUAUAAAUUUUACAUUGCCAUUUUAAAAAUAAGCUUCAUUAUGCAUAAAUCAAUAUGGAAUAUUUGUGUUGGCAAACAAAAUGUUCCAGCUCAUGUUGGAAUUGAGGAAUAAUCUGGCAGUCCUUCACUAACACUGGUAGAACACAAAACUGAACGAUACUGUACCGUCUUGGCAAGCCAAUAGCUAAGAGACUAUUUCUGUGGUUAACAAACCACAAUUGCUCACAUUUUACAGCAACUAACAGCAGUGAAACUGGCCAUCACAAACUCCGGGUAAAAUCACUGCGGAAAAGCUUCCACAAUUAAACUUAUAUGAACCACUGCUCAUCCACAUGAUGUUUUAUUAAGCUUCCGAAUUUAAAGCUAGCUAGUUAUUGUGACUAGUCUGUAAAGUUGUUACUCUUUUCUUGUGUUUUUUUUUUCUUCAGAUGCUAGUCCAUAUGCUUUUGCUAUAUGGAAUUUUAUUGAAAUUCGAAAAAACAACAUCAGGUAAUAAAAGGGAGACUAGAAUUAGGGAGGUGUACAAGUAUGUGCAGGUCAUCCCUAUAAUUUUGUUCUUUCUUACUUAAUGUUCCAAUCAUAUGGAAAGCAAUUUCGGUGACCUUCUAGUAUGAAAAGCACAUUCUGUAUAUGUUGAGAAGUAUCUCCAUCUACGUCAAGUGGGCUGUGAUUUUUUUCAAACACAUUGAAGGUUUCUUGUCCUGCGUAGAUAAAUAACUAUAAGCUAUAGGUAACGUUUUCUUUGUUAUUAUUUUGUGCUCUUUAGGUAGCAAUGAGUGCAUAGCACUUUCUGUCUUGUAAAUAUUUUCCAUGGCUUUGCUUGGAACAGCACCCAGGGAAAAAGAGAUCUGAUGGUGGUGCAGUGGCCCGAGACGGAGAUCGUCACUCGAUACAGAUCAUCCCUUUCAUGUCACAGCGACCCCCCUCCGCCAUGUAGCAGUCUAGGGGAUGAUUUGUUUAGGACUGGAAUGCGAUGCUUACUGCCACAGGGCAGUCGGAGUCAGAUGGGAAACCGUGGCUGGAGGACUCCGCUGUCCCCAGCGUCUGUGGCCCUAAUGCGAUAUCUGCACCCGCGCCCUCUCUUCCUCGGAGUGUCUCCCAGAGACUGGGGAAAAAAAACCAAACAAAAACAAAGGUGUGAUUCAUCGGCCCUGAGACCUGAUGGUCCCGGCCGUCCUUCACGAGGAGCCUUUGCUGUCGCCUCGGUCACGUAUACCUGCGUCUGUUUCUGGAGCACGUAGUAAUCUGUAUAUAGUGCAGAUGCUCUCAUAUGUUGUCUCAGGGUGCCAAAAGUAUAAGAUAUUUUUUAUCCAUUUAUGAUUCUGGAACAGACAUUUUUACUGUUAUUCAUUCAUGGGUUGAUUUUUUUUUUUUCCUCCUGAUUUUGUUUUGUCUGCUUGGGUGGCUGUGUUUGCAUCCACGGGCCCUGCCCCACACCUACAAAUUGUACGAGCUCGAAAGUGAUCGCUGAUCAGAAGCAAAAGCUGAGAAAUUAGAUUUGCACAAAACCAAGAAAUCCCCAAAAAGGGCUAAAACUGACACUGCAAAAUGAGCCUCAAAGACCAGGUCUAAUUUAUAAAAACUAGUUUGAAGAGUUGUAGACUAGCAUAAGAACUACAGGUAUAUCCACAUGUUCAAAAAAACCAAACAAACUCUCAAAGAUGUGCAGUGUUAUAGUGAUUUGUUAUCUGUGCUGCAUAUAGUGGGCUGAUUUACAGAGAUUUUUAAAGUGUAUUUUAUAUUGUUAAUGUUUAAGACGAAAAGCCAGUUUGACUGAAUACAGAGUACUCUUAUCCUUGCUAGCUUUUAGGGGUUCGUUUAGGUGUUCUGUGCUGCUUAUCAUGACAGUAGUUUUUAACACUGGCUAUGUCCACAUAGUUUUGUGUCACAGUGAACACGACUCACCUUUUUGAAAAUUUGCUAAACUUUAUAAUUACUGGUAUCCUCGCGGAACGCAAAAAUCUGAGAUAAUUUACAGCAAAGGACAAGUGUUUACAAAAAGUGUCACCUUUUUUUUAGCGAUUUGCCAUGUAAAUAAAAUUGCCAGAAGAGACUGAUAAUGUGUUGAGAUAUGUUUGAAUGACAAUGCCCACUACUUACUAUGCGUUUUACAACUUGUCAGUAGACCGGUUUGUUUCAGAAUUAUGUGGAUACAAGUGCACCUCCAAUUUUUGCCUUACAAAUUUCAGAGGCCAUAUUCACAUCAGCGUGAACUGAGUGUAUGCAGGGGCCUAAGCCCCCCACCCCCUUGUCAACAGUAUGGACUUUCUCACACUUAUCUACCUGUAAAAUCCUUCAUACCUCUCAUAACUGGUCAAUGACUGUAUCAACAAACUGCAUCAGGUGUUUUUUCUACAUGCUUUUUACACAGAUUCUAUGGGAUUAUUGUAUUAGUAGAUUUGGUGCAUCAUUUUUUAAUGUACUGGUUCUUAAGCUUGUAGUCUCCAAGUUAUUUUUUUUUCUAGAAGACUGUGUUUUUGUGUUAAUAUUGUCGAUUUGAGAUAGCUGUUAUUUGCUUUUUCUGUUACUAAGAGUUUUUACCGUUUUUAUUUUCAAAAUUGCUACAUGAUCCUAAUGAAUUUAAUGACUCCCUAAACCCAUUGUAAAUACAGUAUUGUGCAAAAAAUCCCCUUUCAUUCAUUUGAAUUGCUAGUGUUAUAAAAUUACUGAUUUUUUUGUCUAGACACCAUUUCUGUUAAUGAAAUAAAGAACAUAUCAAGUA